AUGUUGAAAUUAACGGAAGAAGAUUGUAAGCUUGCUUGGAUUCAUGAGAAUAUUCGGAUGGAGGAUUCAACCAUCGAUGAUGAUGAUGAUACUGAUGAUUCAAUGGAUGUAACCAUUGUAGUUUUAAUUGAUUUUUUUGAUUUCCGCAGAUUGUUGCAUCAUCAUCCAUCCAUCGAUGGAAUGGCUUAUUGUUCAUCUUCAUCAAUGAUGAUGGACCAUCAGGAUGAGGCUUUUGAACUUUAUUUGGAUUCUUUUGAAUGCUGCAAAAAUUUCAAACGAUUGAAAAACAAAUUUGAAAAUCAAUCGAAAGGCUUUGCAAAGUGGUUACUUGCCCGAGAGCAAUGGAAAAAGGAUUUUUCAAACAAUCAUUACAAGGCUCAUGAAUGUCAACUCAUUCCUCUCGAGUUUAUGGAUGAUCGAGAAUGCAUUGAACAUUUUUAUAUUUACAGCACACCCAUUAAGAUAGAUCCAUAUAGAAAUAUUGCGAAUUGGAUGGCAACUAUUCGAAAUACAUCUUUAUUAUCAUUUGAAGAAGAAUGUCGGUUUUGGAAAGGCAAUAAGGUUGGUCUGUUGAGAGCCGUUAGUUGUAAAUAUUUGCAAAUAUUGAACUUUGUAUCAAGAGAAGAUUUAUUGAAUUUUAAAGAUGAUUUAGCGAAAAUAUUACAUGGAUGGAAAUGCUGUCCUAUCCAAUUAUCGAAUGAUGAUUAUCAUAUUGUUGAGCGAGCGGUCUUCUAUUCAGGAUCUAAUCUUCAAUUUGCCUCAGAGAGACUGAGGAGCGAUAUGAAUAUUGUCAUGACAGCUGUCACACAAGAUGGGCUUUCUCUUCAAUACGCUUCAAGUGAAAAUAGAAAUGUCAAGUGGGUGGUAUUGAAAGCCGUUCAACAGAAUGGUCUUGCUUUUCAAUAUGCGUCUGACUCUUUGAAAAAUGAUUGGGAUAUUAUAUCUGCAGCAUUAAGAAACACGAUCGAAGUUUUUCAAUUCAUUCCAACAACAUCUUCAAGCACACAUUCAUAUGCAAAGAUUAUGAUGCUCAUCCUUUCUCAAAACCAAAAUGCAAAGAAACAACCUUCUUUGAAAAGUAUAUCCGAGACAACGAGUAGAAAUAACAGACGUGUAGUCAUUUCUCAUGUCAUUACCAAUGGUAUGAAUUUGGAAUUUGCAUCUGAUCAACUAAAGAAAGAUAAAAUAGUGGUCUUGACUGCAAUACGAGAGAACCCGCUUGCCUAUCAAUUUGCAUCUGAGGAGCUAAAACAUGAGAUGGAAUUCAAGAAGCAAUGUAUUGAUAUUAUUUUGUCCUUCUCUGGACCGAUUCGAAAGAGAGAUGUGAUUUUAAGGUUAUUUGGAAAUGACCGUGAUGCUUUGCUUUACAUUUUUGAUUGUAAUGAAAGUAGAGAAAUCAUGAAAGCAGAACUGGUGUCAGUUGCUCGUUGUGUGAACAAUCGCUAUGGUACAUGUAGUAUUUUAAAACUAUUACCUGAAGAAUUGCGUAGUGAUAGACAAAUUGUUGAAGCCUGUAUUCGGAUAGAGUAUUGUUUUGAAUAUGCCUCAACACUGUUGAAACAUGAUGAAGAAUUUAUUUUGAAGAAUAAGGAUUUUAUCGAUUUAUGGGAUAUUCCAGACGAGUUGCGAAAUGAUAGAAAUUUUAUUUUGAAAUUCAUGGACUCGAAAAGGUUUUCCUUGUCAGAAUUAUCAACAGAUUUACAAAACGAUUUUGAAAUUGUUUUAAAUGCUGUGAAACGUAAUGGACUGUUUUUGACCUAUGCAUCAGACGCUCUGAGAAACAAUCGAGAGAUUGUACUGCAAGCAAUCAUUCAAAAUCCCAAGUCUCUGAAAUAUGCCUCUCAUGAAUUACAAAACGAUCACACUUUGUUCGGGGAUUGUGCCAAGUAUGGUGGUGUUCUUUAUGAAAAGUCACUACACAAAAGAACUUUUAUGAAAUGGAAACAAUCAAGACUCGAGUUUGAAUAUCAUAGUUGUGAAAUCCCUUCUCGUUUCAACAUGAACGAACCUAUUCAAUUGUUAGACAGACAGGGACUUCACAGAGAAAAAUUUAAUGUAAACACUUGGCAUGAAUAUUUAUUUGAAGAUGAUGGGAAUUCCAAUCAAUGGAAAACAAUUUUUAUGGCAGAAUAA